AUGUCGACACUCAUCUGCUCGCGGGCCUCUGCCCGCAACGCCACGUCCAUGCUCCGAUCAAUUGCGCAAACAAAACAACAACUACCAGCUUUAUCCUCAAGACGACACUUCUCCUCCGCUCUACCAGCAGCAGCAGCAUCAUCAUCCCGAUUCACCCCCGUUUUCCGCCCUACUUGCAUAUCUACCAAAUUCUUCGCUGCUCAGAAACAACAGAAAAUUGCUGUGGCAGCUGCCGCAGCAGGCCGCCGGUUGUUCUCCAUCACUGCCAACCAACAAGCAACCUACAACCAAGUCCGACGUGGAUGCCGCAAAGAGCAGCGCGCGCGCCGUGGACGGUCCCCAGCACUGGCCAAUCGCCCAGAGCUCAAGGGUGUCUGUCUCAAGACUGGUAUCACAAAGCCCAAGAAGCCCAAUUCUGGAGAAAGAAAAACGGCAAGGAUACGUUUGAGUAGUGGGCGUGUGGUGACUGCUUAUAUCCCCGGUGAGGGCCACAAUGUGCAGCAGCACAGUGUCGUUAUGGUUCGAGGUGGGCGUGCGCAGGAUUGUCCUGGUGUGAAGUAUCACCUUGUUAGAGGAGCUUUGGAUUUGGGUGGUGUUGCAACUCGAUUGACUAGUCGAUCAAAGUAUGGUACAAAGAAGCCAAAGGCCGACUAG